ACAGACCGCCGCUAUAAAUGCCCCUUGCUUGUCUGCAGAUUUUACAUGUGACUUUCGCCCAGACAGCUAGAUUUACAAUGAAUGUCCUUGCGGUAGUCACGCUUCUUGCUAUCAGCACCAGUGCUUGGGCAGCGUCAUACACGUGUCACGGAGACGUCAGGCGUCUACAUCCUACCGGGGAACACAAUGGAGGUGUCGCUGCAUCCAAUCGGGACGUAGACUACGAUUACAAUGAUCUCCGUGACAAAAAAUCAUGCUACGACCAGGCAGGCGCGGCCUACUGUAUUCAACCAGCGGUGAUUGCUGCCUUGGCCAGCCGAGAAUCACGUGGAGGGCGUCUAUUACAUUCAACAGGAGGAUGGGGCGACCAUCACCAUGCCUAUGGUAUAUUACAGUGUGACAUCCGCUACCAUUCCUGUACACAACAUGCGUGGAACAGCUGUGCACACAUCUCACAGAUGGUUCACGAAGUUUUGGUUCCCUAUAUCAAUCAGGUGGCUCGUAAACAUCCCACGUGGUCCUCGGAACAACAGCUCCAAGGUGGCAUCGCAGCCUAUAACUCAGGAGUUGGAAACGUCCAGACAUGGACCCAUCUUGAUCUUGGCACAACCGGAAAUGACUACAGCAAUGACGUAGUAGCGCGUGCUCAACGUCUUAUCAACCACCAUGGAUGGCAUUAACGUGGAAAAUCGCUGUCAUUAGUAUGAUGUUGAAUAAAUGAAUUUUGUUUUUAUUAG